GGAAGGGGGCCGCGGGGCCGGGCCAGCCCUGCACCCAUUCACAGCCUCCGGGCCCGGGACGGAGCUGUUCCCCCCUCUUCGCCCCCCCUAGCCUCCUCCCCCGCCUGUCCAGGGGCGGCACUGCGGGCUGGGAAACCGGGACCAGAGGAGGGAAGGAAGGAAAGAAGGAAGAGAACUGAAGAGGAGAAGAGGAAGGAAGGACGGAAGGCAGAAGGAUCUGCUUGGGCAGAGAAGACACAGGGCAGGAAGGAGGAGAGGACUGCACUCGCUUGGCAGCACCCACAGGCUAAAGUGGGGACGGUGCUACCACCGCUGCUCCUCGGAUGGUGACGGGGCCUUGCCGCGGCCGCAGCCCCCCCGAGCCCCUGCUCCGCAGGCCCGCAGAGCCGGAGCCCCGCAGGAAUCAUGCCCAGAUCCUUCCUGGUUAAGAAGGUCAAACUUGACACAUUCUCUUCAGCAGACCUCGACAGCUCCUACGGCCGCGCCCGCAGUGAUCUCGGGGUGCGACUGCAAGAUAAAGGAUACCUCAGCGACUACGUGGGGCCUGCGUCGGUCUACGAUGGCGACGCAGAGGCGGCGUUGCUCAAAGGGCCGUCCCCCGAGCCCAUGUAUGCUGCGGCUGUGCGUGGAGAGCUGGGUCCCGCGGCCUCGGGUUCCGCGCCGCCGCCCACCCCUCGCCCGGAGCUGGCCACGGCUGCGGGCGGCUACAUCAACGGCGACGCGGCGGUCAGCGAGGGCUACGCUGCCGAUGCCUUCUUCAUCACCGACGGCCGCUCGCGCCGUAAGGCCGCUAAUGCCAACGCGGCCGCGGCCCCCUCUACGGCCGCUGCGGCGGCCCCCGACGGUGACGCCGGAGGAGGGGGCGGGCCGGGCGCGCGAGGCUCGGGAUCCGGGUCCGCGGGCCGGGGCGGAACGCGCGCGGGGGCGGGCACCGAGGCGCGUGCGGGGCCGGGGGCCACGGGCGCUGGUGGCAGGCAUGCGUGCGGCGAGUGCGGCAAAACAUAUGCCACGUCGUCGAACCUGAGCCGCCACAAGCAGACGCACCGUAGCUUGGACAGCCAGCUGGCUCGGCGUUGCCCGACGUGCGGCAAGGUGUACGUGUCCAUGCCGGCCAUGGCCAUGCACCUGCUCACCCACGACCUGCGCCACAAGUGCGGCGUGUGCGGCAAGGCCUUCUCGCGGCCCUGGCUGCUGCAGGGCCACAUGCGCUCUCACACGGGCGAGAAACCCUUCGGCUGCGCGCACUGCGGCAAAGCCUUCGCAGACCGCUCCAACCUGCGCGCGCACAUGCAGACGCACUCUGCCUUCAAGCACUUCCAGUGCAAGCGCUGCAAGAAGAGCUUCGCGCUCAAGUCUUAUCUCAAUAAGCACUACGAGUCGGCCUGCUUCAAGGGCGGCGCCGGCGGUCCCGCGACCCCCGCGCCGCCGCAGCUUAGCCCGGUGCAGGCCUAGGGCGGCGGGACCUCCGCCAGCCAGGUCGGCUCUCAGCAAUACGCGAAGUCUUUGCUGGCAUCCCUGCGGAGGGGCUGGAGGGCGGGCCCCUCCUCACAGCAAUAGGGGGAGGGAGCCGCCACCACCCCGCCCCGCUCACCAGGGGCCUUGCUAGCCCCUUCAAGCAAUAGGGUCCCGAGGGGAGACCCACCCCGAAACCCCUCCCCUCUCCUCCAGGGUGCCCCAGGCUUUUUCCCAGCAAUAGGGUCGAUCAGACCUAGUACCGAACCUCAUCUCUUAGCUGGGUCUCUGAAGACAGGGGUGAGGUGAGGUAAGGAGCCCUCUCCUCCCUCCUCUGCGCCCCUGGAUCGCAUUACAGAGACUCAGGUCUUCCCCCACCCUUUCCCAAGCCUUCCAGGCUGGGCCUCCGGCCCAGGCGUCCAGGGAGUGAGCCCUUUCCCGGCAGCAGACCGGUGGAGGAGCAGGAGAGCGGGCAAGCCUCAGAGGCGUCCUGCCCUAUAGGCUUUAGCGGACCUCCCGGGAGUGCUAGACGCUUUGGGGAAUCGCUGAGGGGCUGGAGGGACGGCGGUACCCCACUCUUUUGGGUUCUUUCUAGGGCCUCAGUCCGAGCCGCCCUCCUACCCUCGUCUCUUAUCCUCUGCCAAAUCCGAAUUCUUCCAGCCCAGUUUCCCGGGCUCUGUCCUCCAUAACGAAUAAUAAUGACGCAUAUCGAAUCGCAUGGACUUAUCAGACCUACUCAGACCCCUGCUCCCGCCCUGCCCCGGGGCCCCCUCCCUCACUCCCCGGGCUUCCGGUGUUGGAGGACGGAUACCCGGGACGGUAGGCUGGCGUGCCACUGCCCUCUAACACACCUCUGUAUCUGCUUUGCGGGUAAAGCCCCCUUGGGGGGGUUGCGGACGCGUCGGGUUUCUUUCUUUCUGUAUUUAUACGUUUUAUUUAUGAACAGAUUGCACUCGGGUCAGGGAGGGAGCGCCGAACCCUCACCCUUCCCACCGACGCCCGGGGUUUGGGAUGUACGGAUUCACUUCCUCUGCCCCUGAGCCUCGCUCCUAGCUGGGCUCUGCUGGGAGCCUCGGACCCCGCCUCCCGGAGGCCGGACCCUCCUCCAAGGCCCAGGCCCAGCCCUCCACUCGGUUGCCAACUUUCGCCGGUCUAUGCCAAAGCCUCAGCGGCAACCCCACCCCAAGGGCCCGCCCUAUUGGCCGCCGCCUUGUGACGUCACUGCAUGCAGCCCCACCCCUGCUCCCAACCCUUUCCCGGGGCUGCCCGCUCCCCUUCCUUUUAGUUAGUCCGAUGCCGACUAUAGAGCAAUAAUGCGCACUGCAUGCGAAGCUGCCGCAGCCUCUAGAGUUACUGAGAAUCAGGUAUCCCCCGCCCUACCCACCCCAUAGGCCCCUAGAUCAGGGAUGCUGCGCGGGGCCGGCCGCGCAGACUUUCUUUCCCCCUUCCCGACCCCACGGCAGAGCCCAGAAGGAGUCGCUGUUCCAGGGCCCGGUCAGAGUAGUAGUACCCAAUCUCUUCCGUCAGUCGUCCAUCACUCACAGAUCGAUCAUUGGGUACCGCCAAUGUGCCUGGCCAAUUGCUGAGUCCUCCCAAGACGUGGCAACCUUCCAGGAAGUGCCUGUCUGAGACAGGCUUGGGUGGGCCAGGGAGAGACGCAUAUGCUAUGCCCAGAUGACACCUCCCCAACUCAGUCCAGGUACAUGCUGGGUGUAGUCGGACUCUUGCCUUCCUCGCCUUGGGCCUAUGUUUCCAACCCAGAUAGGACAGGCCCAGGGUCCCAAGGCCUAGCUCCACUAGGGCUGCCCGCACAAGUGCCCAGUCCUCUGAUUCCCUGAGAAAUGCGGUUCUGCUGUCUGUGCGGCUAAGGUGCAACAAGCUGGAGUAUAUGUGGCCAGCCUCAUCCCCGGCACCAAGCUUGAAUGUCUCCCUCCCAGAGGCGCACCUGCGGGCUUAGCAUAGCAGUGCCCACAACCAACCCUCCCUACACCACCCAGCGAGGCGCCCAGUUCCCAGCCUGGGCCUGUGCCGCAUGCAUAUAUGCGCGCGCGCGCGCUCUCUCUCUCUCUCUCUCACACACACACACACAGGCGCCCACCUCGCCCUACUCCGCACUCCUGUCUACCUACCUAUGGAGAAGGCCAGAGGGCUGUGGGCCCACCAGGACCUUCCGCUUCGCCCCACACCCUGCCGCCGUGGAAAGCCAUGGGCCCCCUCCUGCCCCCAUAACUAAGCAGCACAAUAACCGACUUAGCGAAUUCAGGUAGAAGGAACGUUUUAGGUAGCACCUAUUUUGUACUGAUUCUAGGGCCCGAGGUGCGGGGCCCUCGGGUGGGGGCUGUGGCCGCCGGCCCGCCCCACCCCCACCCCUGCCUGCGCCCCGCCGCCUUGUACAUAUUCCCACCCGGAACUGGCCGGGAUUUUUACUCGGGCCGUGCCCCUCUUCGGCCCCCGUUUGGGGCCAGGCCGGCCGGACAGACGGACGGACGGACAGACCUCCUUCCUAAGCACAAUAGCACCAGCUCCCCGGAGCGCCGCACCUCCACGAGGAGAAUAAAUGCCACUCUUGAUAGAA